AUGAAAGCUAUGAAAGUCAUGAACACUCCACACCAUAUCCAGCCCGCUAUCGCUCCCGAAGUGGAGGAGCAAUACUCAUCUUCUCCGCUGGAAUUCCAAUUGGUUACGGGCACCGUGACAACGUCAAACCGCUAUGCAUUGCUCCAAGAAGACGACUUGGAACUUCCUUGGAAGGCUAUGCGCUGCCUAGGCCGACCCAACAAGUCCAAACACGCGCACUUCGAACGAACGGCCAAGCUGAUUCGAGAGAAGGUUGCCGAAUCCAACAUCUUGGCGUGCACUCGCUUGCUCAGACCCGAGCCGCAAGUGGUGGCGCAUUCCAUGUACCCAGCGGAGGGCGGAUUUGGAUUGUUGGAGGCUCUGGCCACCACCCGCACCAUUCACCGUCUUAUGGCCUCUCACACCGUGACCGGCGACAGCGGCGACUACACGAUGUACUUGCCGUUUUACGCCAAAGCUGCCAAGACCCGCAAGAGCUAG